AUGGAGUGGAUGGAGCAGACUGCCAAAGGGCGGCCAUACGAUCAAGCGACGGUGCAGCUAACGCUCUCUGUCGUUGCUAUCCGUACAACAUCAGACAUGACCACUCAGGCAAUCUUCGAUCUUUGUGGAAGAGAAGAACUUGUUCAAGAGCUACGAAAGGAAGUCAUAUCGGUCAUAUCUCAAGAAGGAUGGAAGAAGACCGCUCUCUAUAAGCUUCAGUUGAUGGAUAGUUUCCUCAAAGAGUCGCAGCAAAUGAAACCAAUCAAUAUUGUUUCCCUACGCAGAGUUGCCAAAGAAAUCGUCAAAUUGAACGACGAGACUCAAUUCGCCAAAGGGCACUUCACUUGCGAUCCCGAAUGA